CCAAAAGCACAUGCUCAUGCUCAUGAGAUUCGUGAAAAACCUAACCUUAAACCUUAAACUUAAAGACGAAAACUUUAUUUUUGUACUAAGAUAACAAUAUCAUUAGUACUUGCAUAAUACACCAAGAUAAGGUGCUCGUUCAAUGAUCAUGUGUGCUUAACUACUCGCUCAUGCAGUUGACCCAAGUCGAUAGCUGAAUAAUGAUUUCGAGGCAGCUUUACAAAUUGUGCAAAACAAUUGUCCGGACAAAUCGUGCUGUUCACACCAGCGCAAUACAUUUUGAGGAGCCCGAACAUCCAUUUAAAAGAACUGUAAGGAUUUUAACAGAUGAUGUAAGGAACUUCCUGAAAUCACCUCUACGAGGGUUUUCACCUCCCUCAGAUAUUUUCCCUCGGCAUGCUGACAUUCUUAUAAUCGGUGGCGGAGCAGUUGGAUCGUCAAUUGCCUACUUUCUCAAGGAGAAAACCGGAUUGCGUGGUGUUAAUAUUGUCGUCAUUGAGAAGGACACUACCUACUCUAAAUGCUCAACGGUGCUAUCAGUUGGAGGAUUGCGCCAGCAGUUUUCUCUGCCGGAAAAUAUCCAAAUGUCUUUGUUCGGAGCCGAGUUCUUGAGAUCUGUGAAGAAACGAUUCGGACCGGAUUCUGACGUUUAUUUCACUCCAAAUGGAUAUCUCAUGCUUGCUACUGAACACGGUGCUCAGCAGUUGAUAGAUAACUCGAAAAUACAAACGGAACUGGGUGCCGUUAAUAAAGUGUUAAGUAAAAGAGAAUUAAAAGAGAGGUUCCCGUGGAUGGAAGUUGAGGAUGUGGAGGCAGGAUGCUUAGGUCUCGAAAAAGAGGGAUGGUUCGAUCCGUGGGCUUUAUUAGGCAUGCUAAAACGUGGCGCCACUAACAUGGGGACUCAGUACAUCAAUGCGGAGGCUGUUGGUUUUAAUUUUGAGGAUCAGCAGGAUGUAAUUGUCGAUGGGCAAUUAACAGGUACUUACCAACGUUUAGACUCCGUAGACGUGAAGUUGCCGGACGGUGAGGUAAAAACCAUUCAGUUUGCCUAUUGUGUAAUAGCAGCCGGCGCAGAGUCGGGCGAGUUGGCAAAACUUGCUAAAAUUGGAAAUGGGGAAGGUAUGCUCACGGUUCCUCUUCCUGUGGAACGGCGGAAGCGCUACGUGUAUUGCUUCGAAUGUCAAGAACACGGCCCGGGUUUGAAUACACCAAUGACAAUCGAUUACACAGGAGCAUACUUUCGCCGCGAUGGCCUUGGUGGAGCAUUCAUUGCCGGCUUAUCACCACAGCCCGAAGAGGAACCCCCAACAACAAAUUUGGAAGUCGAUCACGAGUUCUUUAACAGUAGACUGUGGCCAUUGCUAGCGCAACGAGUUCCUGCAUUCAAUGCUUUAAAGGUGAGAAGCUCGUGGGCUGGUUAUUACGAUUAUAAUAUGUUUGACGAAAAUGGAAUAAUUGGUGCGCAUCCUUACUUAUUCAAUUUAUAUAUUGCGACCGGAUUUAGCGGUCACGGUAUACAACAAGCACCGGCCGUAGGAAGAGCAGUUGCGGAGUUGAUAAUAGAUGGUGGUUUUCAAACAAUUGAUUUAACAAGGCUAGGGUUCGAUCGUUUAUUGAUAGAUAAGCCGAUGUACGAAGUUUGUAUAGUUUAAAUAAAGUUUAUUUAAUUGUUUA